CCGAGCGCUCAGUGACGUAGGGGGCCUGUGUGCGAAGAGGCGGGGGGUGUCGGGACGAGCAGCCACGGCCGGCGCGGGUCUCCAUGGAGCGGAGGCUGGCGCAGUUCCGAGCCGCGCGCAGCGCCCCCCAGCCCGCGGCGGCUCCGCCUAGCGAGCAGAAAGCCGGGCCGGAGGCAGGCCUCGGCCCGCGGGACCGCCCCGCCCAGGAAGAGGCGCGCAGGCCGGGACCCCCGCAGGACGUGGCUGCCGGUGCCGCCGCCCCGUGGGGCGCCCGGGCUCUCCUGCCCCACGUGGCCUUGCUGAAGUUCCUGCUCUGGCUGGUGCUGCUGGGGCUCGCGGCGGAGCUGCAGUUCGGGCUGCCCUGCUUCGUCCUGUCGCUGUUCUACUGGCUCUACGCCGGCAUGCGCGGCCCCGGCCAGAGGCGGCCGGGGGAGAGAAGCGCCUACUCCGUCUUCAACCCGGGCUGCCAGGCCAUCCAGGGCACGCUCACCGCGGAGCAGCUGGAGCGAGAGUUACUCUACGGCCCCGCCGCCGGGAGGUAGCGGCUGGCGCCAGGGGACUGUGGGCGCAGCCUGACGAGCAGCAGCUGUGUGCGCGCCUCCCCCUCGGCAGCUGGUGCCACCCUUUGUCUGCGCUUCCCCUGCUCGCUGCCGUGCCUUAGGCGCCCCCCUCGGGCCUGUGUGAAAUCCAUCCUCGUAGCACCGCAAAACUAACUGUUCUUCGCCGCCUGAGCCUCUCGCUCGCUAAGGGAGUGAAUUCGAGGUGGCUCCAAAUAAGAAAGUAGCGAGCGCUGUUCCGGGUGAAAUGCCUCAAUUGACGCCUGCUGGCUUGAAGUUAUGGCCACAAAGUGGUGCCAAUUCUAAUGUACUGAUAUGGCCUUAUACACAACUUCUGGACACUAAGGCUUCUGGUACCUCAGAAGGCAGGGCAGUCUGAACCUCCUUGCCUUUAUUUUCUUAUGCUGCUGGCCCUCUAGUGAAAGCAAUUAACCUGUGAAGACUGUCAUCUUAAUAUUAAGCAGCGUAAUGAAGAAUCCAUGCCUAGCCUGGCUUUCAGAGUCAGGACCCCAUCUGCUCUGAGACCAAAUUUCACAGCAGUGUUAACUUAAUUCUACUGCCCCUGAAAUACCCUUCAUUCUUGUUUCUUACCCUCUCCCCCCCAUACAGAUAAAUGUGUCAUAGCUGAAAAUAUUCAGGGAUUUAAAAUGUGUUGUAUUUACUA